AUGGCUGAUAAGUGUGAUCUGUGUCUGCUGGGACUGAUCGUUCUCUCUUCACUUCUCACAGGCACCAGUGUAGCGGAUCGAGUGUUCAUCAGUUCUGGUGUAAAUGUCUCUCUGUCCUGUAAUAAUGCUCUUUCUGACUGCAAAUCAACAUCAUGGAUCUACUCUAACAGCUUGAGAGAUUCAGCAGGAGUUGAACUGAUUACUGGAGGGAUAAAGAAUAAAGACACAGAGAGACAUGAGAGACUGAGUCUGGAGUCUGACUGCUCUCUGAACAUCAAGAACGUCACAGGAGAAGAUUAUGGAUAUUACAGCUGCCGACGAUAUGAGAAUGGAGAACAACAAGGAACUGGUGCACGUGUUUAUCUGCAUGUUCUUCAUGUUUCAGUGUCUUCAUCAUCAUCUUCAUCCUCACAGACUGAGAUCAGUCCAGGCCGCUCUGUGACUCUCUCCUGUCAGUUGUAUUCAGUCUCCUGUGAUUAUUUGGUCCGUUAUGUGGGAGUUGAGCUGUUGUGGGUGAAUCAGGCUGGUGUUGAUCUGAAGACAGACUCCAGAUAUCAGAUAUUAUCAUCAUCAUCAUCAUCAUCAUCAUAUCCAUCAUCUCCAGAUCACUGUCUCAUCACUCUGACUACAACACUCCUGAAUGAAGAUGCCAACAGAGAGUGGAGAUGUCAGCUUACUCAGAGAAAGCAACUCCAGACCUCAGUCAGAUACACUGUCAAGUAUUCAGCUCAAGCUGAUUCAACGACAGCAGUGAAUCCAGUCCACAUCACACACUCUCAGGAUCCCUCAACUAUAAACACACACGUUUCUAAAGAUACAACAACACCAGGCACACACUCUCAGGAUCCUGCAAACACAGUCAUAGGGAUUUCUGUCGCUGCAGUCGCUGUUCUCCUUCUUGCUCUUCUCUGGCUGAUCUGCAGAAAAACAGCUGAUAAUAAAAGAGGGACUGGCGACUCUGCGGUCAAAGAUGAGAAUGAACAUAAAGGGACGUAUGAGACGAUCAACAUGUCCACUCCUCCUGCAAGAGCCGAUGAGCAGACAGAUGAUGUGACUUAUUCUGAGGUCACUUCUUUCAAUACAAAGCCAGUAAAAGCGCUCAAUGAUCAUGAUGAUACAGUGACUUAUGCUGCCAUCAGAGGAAGAGAAGAACCGCAGGAUGAACUUUACGCCUCUGUGAACAAGAACAAGACCUUCACAAAUACACAUUAAUGAUACAG